CGGUCUGAAAAAAUGCAGCCGCCCACCCUCCCCUCUUAACAAAAAGGAAAAACAAAAACAAAAAGAAAAAGAAAAUCACCAUUUUCUACCGGACGGCUGUCCCUUGUCGUUCGCUGUUGUCCCCCGGCUGCUCCGCCGUCCUUUGGGGUUGAAAUUCUUAAAUAAAUUUUUGUUGUCAAAUUGUUAUUGCCUACUAGAAGACUCAGGCUUGAUCCUCCUAACAAGUUCUACUUUACUUAAAUAUAAAGAAAACAAAAGAAAAUGGGCGGUGGAGGAGCUCAGGCGUUCAAGAGAAUCCCUCUCAUUAAAAUUCCUCAAAGACACCUCAAAUCUUCUGGUUCUUGAUUCACCAUCAACGUUGAAGAUCUGAUUUUCGUCUGGCAUUCUAUCACCAGUCAUGGAGUUUAUACCCAAUGGCCAUAACAGUAUUAAUCACUCUCCACAUCAUGAAGCACCAUCUUCUUUUCCUUCAAGUUUCACUAAAUUUAAUUCUGCACUCACUGCAGGUCUUUUAAACCCAAUGUCACCACCACCUGAUAAAACCCGAUCCAGUCCUACCCUUUUUGAAAUGAUGGCCAGUGAACCAGAAAUGCAACAACCCAGAAACAACCAAAUCAAUCAAAUCAACAAUGUUAAUAUGGUGCAAAAUAGGUCACUUAAUAAUAACACCCAAGUGUCUGUUCAAGAUAAACAGAGUUUAAUUAUGCAGAGGAUAAGUGAUAUAUUGGGCAAUAAGAGUCCUGGCAAUCAGUUUAAUGAUUCUUUAACUAGUGAUGUGAAACUUACGUUGAGUUCUAAAGAUGGGAUUACUGUUUCAAUGAAUGUGCAUAGACAGAUCUUGGUUGCUCAUAGUAGGUUUUUUGCUGUGAAAUUGUCCGAUCGUUGGGCUAAGCAACAGCAGCAGAGAUCUUCUUUGUUGCCUUAUGUUGUGGAGAUUGCUGAUUGUGAUGAUGUUGAGGUUUAUAUUGAGACUUUAAGGUUAAUGUAUUGUAAAGAUCUGAGAAGAAAGCUUAUGAAGGAGGAUGUUUGUAAGGUUCUUGGAAUUUUAAAGGUUUCUGCGGCAAUUGGGUUUGAUGCUGGGGUUUUAUCUUGUUUGGAGUACCUAGAAGCUGCUCCAUGGGCUGAGGAUGAAGAAGAGAAGGUAGCGUCAUUGUUAUCAGAGCUACGCCUUGAAGGAGUUGGAGCUGGAGAGGUUCUUAAGAGGAUUUCAGUUGAAGUUACUAAUGGAACCGAAGAGAGCAGUGAUAAUGAUGAAGUGCUUCUCAAGCUUUUGCAUGUAGUUCUUGAAGGCAAAGAUGAGAAAGCUAGGCGUGAGAUGAAAGGAUUGGUGUCGAAGAUGCUUCGUGAGAAUUCUUCUCAAAAUGAACUAAGGAAAGAGUCAUUGUACUCAGCUUGUGAUGGAUGCUUGCAAUUGCUUCAUUACCAUUUUAUCCGCGCAGCAGGAGGAGAUCAGGAGGAUAUAGGACAGAUUGCACGGCAAGCGGAUAAUCUGCAUUGGAUUUUGGAUAUUUUGAUUGAUAGACAGAUUGCUGAAGAUUUUCUCAAAACAUGGGCAUCUCAGUCUGAGUUGUCCAAUGCACAUUCUAAAAUUCCUGCUCUUCAUAGGUAUGAGAUUAGCAGAGUUACAGCAAGGCUGUUUGUAGGGAUUGGAAAGGGGCAGCUGUUAGCUUCAAAGGAAGUAAGGUGGUUGCUUUUGCAGACAUGGUUGGUGCCAUUUUAUGAUGAUUUUGGAUGGAUGAGGAGGGCAUCGAAAGGCCUCGAUCGGCAUUUAAUCGAGGACGGUCUUAGUAACACAAUUCUAACUCUACCUCUGGCUUGGCAGCAAGAGAUUUUACUGGCUUGGUUUAAUCGAUUCCUCAACUCUGGUGAAGACUGUCCAAAUAUACAAAGAGGAUUUGAAAUUUGGUGGAGAAGGGCUUUCUGGAGACGCAGCGGUGAACAGGAGAGGACAAGGCCAUUGAGAAUCAUGACUGCAACCAUCGAAAACUCGUGAGAAGCUAAAAGUUUCACAGUGCCGAGAAUGGUUCUCUGAUGGUCAGUAUGCUUUUAUGCUACGAUGAGUUUGAUCCUGACCACAUCAGCAAUUGCUGUUUUAUCUUCUUCCUUUCUAAACCAGGGCGACAACUCAUGAGGCAAGUAUUAGAAUUGCAUAGAGGUGGAUUAUGUUUGUGGUGUACUGAAAACCAGUCAGGUUUAGCUUGGAAGAAGAUAUGAAGUACAUUUGACGCCUGUGAUAUUUAAAAAUUUAUUUAUUUGUUAAGACAAUACUGGAAAUUUGACCCCAAAACCUUUUUCUCUUUGAACUCCAA